GGUACUAGUGUUCUCACAACUUCGGUCCCAGCAACAUGAAAUUCUUCGCUGUCCUUUCGCUUGCCCUUUUGGCUCUGGCUUCGGCCGAUGUCAGCCACUUGGCCAACACCUACCUGCCUCCCCACUCCGGAGCUGCCUCCACCAGCUACGAGUCCUACCAGGCCGCUCCCGUUGAGGCCGCCGCUUCGGAGACCUAUGAGGCUCCUGCCGCCGCCACCACCUACGAGAGCGAGUCCUACUCCGCCCCAGCUGCCUCCUACAACAGCGAGUCCUAUGCCGCCCCAGCUGAGGAGACCGCUUCCUACGCCGCCGAGACUGUCGAAGCCGCUGCCGAGGAGACCUACGAGCAGCCCGCUGCCUCCUACGUGGCUCCCGUGGCCACCAAGACCUACACUGCCCCGGCUGUGUCCUCCUACUCCGCUCCUGCCGUCGUGAAGAGCUACUCCGCUCCCGCUGUGUCCGGCUACAGCCAGACCUACACUGCUCCCGCUGUGGUGAAGACCUACUCCGCUCCAUCUGUGUCCAGCUACACCGCUCCCGCUGUGGUUAAGUCCUACACCGCUCCCGCUGUGGUGAAGAGCUACUCCGCUCCUGCCGUGUCCUCCUACUCCGCUCCUGCUGUGACUAAGACUUACACCGCUCCCGUGGUAGCCAAGACCUACACCGCACCCGCCGUAGUGAAGACCUACACCGCCCCCGUGGUAGCCAAGACCUACACCGCUCCGGCUGUGGUCAAGAGCUACUCCGCUCCAGCUGUGUCCUCCUACACCCAGGCCUACACCGCUCCCGCUGUGGUCAAGUCCUACACCGCUCCCGCUGUGUCCAGCUACUCCGCCCCGGCUGUGUCCUCCUACACCGCCAAGACCUACACCGCUCCCGCUGUCUCCUCCUACACCGCUCCCGCUGUUGUGAAGACCUACUCCGCCCCAGCCGUGUCCACCUACUCCGCACCAGCUGUGUCCAGCUACACCGCUCCCGUGGUGGCCAAGACCUACUCCAGCUACUCGGCCCCCUCGGUGGUGAGCAGCAGCUACUCCGGAUCGUCGGGAUCCUCCGGCACCGUCUACGGCUCCAACGGUGGAUACGUCUACUAAAGACUGCAUCCCAAAACGAAGCUAAUCAUACGACAAAAACCUUUUUUUUUCCUACAAUAAAUCGAAUGU